CUAUAUCCUUAUCUCAACUUUCAGUCGUUCGACAUGGCCCGUACUAAGCAAACCGCUCGUAAAUCCACCGGUGGCAAGGCGCCCCGCAAACAGUUGGCCACCAAAGCCGCUCGCAAGAGUGCGCCGGCCACUGGAGGAGUCAAGAAGCCCCAUCGUUACCGUCCCGGCACCGUCGCCCUUCGUGAGAUCCGUCGCUACCAAAAGUCGACCGAGCUUUUGAUCCGCAAGUUGCCAUUCCAGCGCUUGGUCAGAGAAAUCGCCCAGGAUUUCAAGACCGACUUGCGUUUCCAGAGCUCGGCCGUCAUGGCCCUGCAGGAGGCCAGCGAGGCUUACUUGGUGGGUCUUUUCGAAGACACCAACUUGUGCGCCAUCCACGCCAAGCGAGUCACCAUCAUGCCAAAAGACAUCCAGCUUGCCCGCCGUAUUCGUGGUGAACGUGCCUAAGCGACCUAAUUCUCCUCGACUUACCAAUCGGCCCUUUUCAGGGCCACCAUUUACUAAAGCAAAGAUUAUCAAACACCCAUGAUUUUCAUUUCAAUACUAUUGUAAAUCUUUCUUGCCGUCACAGAUUGAUGUGAAUGGCCUGCAAUAAAGAAUAUUCUACUCAUCACUAACCACGAUUUCUCUUAAAUGCCAGAAUUUCACAAACAAAACGAUUUAUCCAAAU